ACAGAUAUAUAGUUCAUAGAUUUCACAGCUAGUAAGCAAGAUACAGGGAAGGAGAGAGAGAGAGAGAAAAAAACAGAGUGUUCAAAGAAAUAAAUUCCUGCCUCAAGGAGACUACAGGACAGUCUGUCACAUAGCUUCAUGCAUGGCGGGCAACAGUUUUGAGGCUGAGUUCCUGCAGACUCACAAUGCAUAUCGCAAACAGCAUGGAGCGCCGCCCCUCACCAUAAACAAAAACCUGUGCCGCUCCGCUCAGGUAUGGGCGGAGCAUCUGCUGUCAAUCACGACCCUCAAACACAGCAACAAGGACUACGGGGAAAAUCUGUAUUAUGCUUGGAGUUCAGCUACCAAAAAACUCUCAGGGCAUGAAGCAGUGGAAAGAUGGUACAGUGAAAUUAAAGAAUACAACUUCAGCAGGCCUGGAUUUAGCUCCAAAACAGGUCACUUCACACAGGUGGUGUGGAAGGACACUAAGGAGGUGGGCGUUGGAUUGGCCACUGAUGGGAACGCAGUUUUUGUGGUGGGUCAGUACCUCCCAGCAGGAAACAUCACAAAUGCGGGUUAUUUUGAAAAAAAUGUCUUACCGGCAGGCAGCAAAGUAUAUUCAAAGUCCACUGGCACAACUGACAAAGUGGGGCAAGUGCAUGGUGGCACUCAUUCAAACAAAGCGCCCUCAGUUCCUCGCAGUACUGAAAUAGCACCACCAGGGGGUCAAGGAGUGCGUCAAGUGCAAAGUGGCUUAAAGGCAGACAGCAACUUUGAAGCUGAGUUCCUGCAGACUCACAAUGCAUAUCGCAAACAGCAUGGAGCGCCGCCCCUCACCAUAAACAAAAACCUGUGCAGCUCCGCUCAGGUAUGGGCGGAGCAUCUGCUGUCAAUCACGACCCUCAAACACAGCAACAAGGACUACGGGGAAAAUCUGUAUUAUGCUUGGAGUUCAGCUACCAAAAAACUCUCAGGGCAUGAAGCAGUGGAAAGCUGGUACAGUGAAAUUAAAGAUUACAACUUCAGCAGGCCUGGAUUUAGCUCCAAAACAGGUCACUUCACACAGGUGGUGUGGAAGGACACUAAGGAGGUGGGCGUUGGAUUGGCCACUGAUGGGAACGCAGUUUUUGUGGUGGGUCAGUACCUCCCAGCAGGAAACAUCACAAAUGCGGGUUAUUUUGAAAAAAAUGUCUUACCGGCAGGCAGCAAAGUAGAUUCAAAGUCCACUGGCACAACUGACAAAGUGGGGCAAGUGCAUGGUGGCACUCAUUCAAACAAAGCGCCCUCAGUUCCUCGCAGUACUGAAAUAGCACCACCAGGGGGUCAAGGAGUGCGUCAAGUGCAAAGUGGCUUAAAGGCAGACAGCAACUUUGAAGCUGAGUUCCUGCAGACUCACAAUGCAUAUCGCAAACAGCAUGGAGCGCCGCCCCUCACCAUAAACAAAAACUUGUGCCGCUCCUCACAGGAGUGGGCUGAACACCUGCUGUCAAUCAGGACCCUCAUGCAUAGUAAUGGAGAGUAUGGAGAGAAUGUGUAUUACGCUUGGAGCUCAGCUAACAAAAAACUCACAGGACGUGAGGCAGUGGAAAGCUGGUACAGUGAAAUUAAAGACUACAACUUCAGCAGACCUGGAUUCACCUCCAAAACAGGUCACUUCACACAGGUGGUGUGGAAGGACACGAAGGAGGUGGGGGUUGGACUGGCCACUGAUGGGAACACAACUUUUGUAGUGGGUCAGUACCUCCCAGCAGGAAACAUCAGCAAUGCUGGAUAUUUUGAAAGAAACGUUCUGCCAGCAGGCUCCAAAGCAGACUUCAAACCCUCCCCGUCUGCUGACAGAGUUGGACAAGUACUUGCUGCUCUCAGCAUCAAGUCAAACCAAUUGCCUUCAUCACCUCACAGUUCUGGACCAGCACCACGUAAGAGUCAGUGUCCGCAGAGCAGCAGUUCAGAAGGUGAGAACUUGUCCCAGUUUCGUCAGUCUCUCCUUGAAGCUCAAAAUGAUUACAGACGGCAACAUGGAGCACGGCCUCUGUCACUGUGCUCCGUCCUCAGUAAAGAGGCUCAGGAUUGGGCAGCACAUCUGAUUAGCAUUAAUGCCCUAAAGAACAGCAGCAAAGGUUAUGGAGAGGCUAUGUCAUACAUGUGGACGUCCACCAUGGUGCCUCCAACAGGAAAAGCGGUUGCUGAAUCAUGGUACAAGGAAAAUGUGAAGUACAACUUUGCAAACCCUGGCUUUCAGAAUGGAACUGGUAACUUCACCCAGAUGAUCUGGAGGUCUACAGAGCAGGUUGGGGUCGGCCUGGCAUCAGAUGGAAAGGGCAAAUUUAUUACUGUGGCCUUUUACAAACCUUCUGGCAACAUUACCAACCCUGGCUACUUCGAGGAUAAUGUCAAACCUGCUGGAAGGUGAUCUGUUGAAUACGAAGCAUUAAGUUGGUUUUAUGCAUUUUAUUUAUGCAGUUUUUAAAAAAUGAUCCAAGAUGUAACAGAAAGUCAAUCGUCUGAAUAUAUUCCGUAUACAUAAACUUUGAGAGUAUGAUUGUUUUAUUUUUUAUGCUUUUUUAUUGCUUGGUUCUGGUAUUCUCAUUCUUUGCUGAGGUGGUAUUCCUUCCUUCACUGUGACUUAUAAUGUAUAGAAAGAGACUUAUAAUGUAUAGGAAGAUGAUAAAUCCUAAUAAAUUCUCAAAAUAUAUUUUUGACAAAGACAAUGCAAA